UUAAAUCUCUUCAUACUUCUUCUUCAUUCUUCCAUAUUCUCUCUCUCAUCGUUUUCAAUCAUUUUACCGCCGUCUCCGUCGCCGUCGUUACAUACAGAGGACGCUGUCGCCGGCAUGUCUUACGACUACCUUUUCAAGUACAUAAUCAUCGGCGAUACAGGCGUCGGAAAAUCAUGUCUUCUCUUGCAAUUUACCGACAAGAGGUUCCAACCUGUCCACGAUCUUACUAUUGGAGUCGAAUUUGGUGCUCGUAUGCUCACUAUUGAUGCAAGACCUAUCAAGCUUCAGAUUUGGGAUACUGCUGGACAAGAAUCUUUUAGAUCCAUUACAAGAUCAUAUUACAGAGGGGCGGCUGGGGCACUUUUAGUUUAUGACAUUACCAGGAGAGAGACGUUUAAUCAUCUUGCAAGUUGGCUUGAAGAUGCCCGGCAACAUGCGAACCCCAACAUGACAAUAAUGCUAGUAGGGAACAAAAGCGAUCUUGCACAUCGAAGGGCUGUUAGCAAGGAGGAAGGGGAACAAUUUGCAAAAGAGAACGGUCUCUUAUUCUUGGAAGCAUCCGCCAGAACUGCGCAAAAUGUGGAGGAGGCCUUUAUAAAAACUGCUGCGAAGAUCCUCCAAAAGAUUCAGGAAGGAGUAUUUGAUGUGUCGAAUGAGUCAUCUGGGAUUAAGGUUGGAUAUGGAAGGCCUCAAGGUCCUUCGGGGACAAGAGAAGGAGUGAUCACACAGGGAGGUGGAUGUUGUGGAUGAAGAAUAUGAUGUAUAUGAAAACUGAAGGUGACAUUUUCCAUUGAUUGUUGUGGAUAAUCUUGUGUAUUAUUAUUAAGUUGUUCAAUUGUGGAAUCUGUCUUGAAAACAGAUUGGGAUAUUUGUUGUGACUUGAUUAACUGUCUGACUGAAUAUUUGAUGUCUUCUAGUUGAUCUACUACUACUACUUACUGGUUGUUUAUAA